AAAGAUGCAAAUGUGUUUUCCCACGGGUCUUCUAGGUUAUUUACAACUUGAAUCUGACUCUUUUUGGGAGUAAAACAAAAGCAGUGGUAACUCAUUGCAAAUGAAAGGAUACUUAUUGUAGAUGAGCUUGUUGUGUUGACUUUAUGUUAUAUUUCAAAUUUGGACAAGUGCUCAGAAUUAUAAUGCAGUUAACACCUGACUGAUUGAUUUCUUUUUGAACAUUUUCCGAUAUUUUCAAGAUGAAUAAUCAACAGUUAUAUGUUUCCCAGGCAGGCUAUGGAUACACAAUAGAAGCAUUGGCAGACCCACAUUAUGAACACUGCACACCUCAGGCCCAAAAUGGCCACAGUGGACAUUUUACUGAUGCAAGAUACAUGUUACAAAACGAUGAAAAUUUGUAUCAGGGACAAGAAAACGUCUGUUCGACACGUAGAAACCUAAAUGGUCACAUGGCUCAAGGCGGGUAUGAAAAUCCCGUAGACUUGUCUAGUAAAUUGAUCAAUGUAAACGGUUAUAUUAAGAGUGAAUCUGUACAAAAUGGUGGAUAUCAACGUGAGAGGACACCCAUUAUGGGUAGUCACAGGGAACAAGAUCCUCCUCACAUGGGUAUGGGGUCACUGACUCCCCCAGAGAAGGCAGAAUAUGACACCGUUGCCUUGUCAACCACAAGUCCACUUAACAGCAUGCCACCACAGACCUUAGUGGCACCUCCAAGUCCCAAAUCAACUCCGUCCCCUAGAAUAAUGUACUCCUCAAGCUUUCCAAUGGAACAACACAGAAGUCAGUGUCAAGAUCAAAGAUUAACCAGGGAGGCCAUGAGACAGUAUGCCAAAGAUCGGGGAGACCAAAUACUUGUGAUAUUACAUGCCAAAGUAGCUCAGAAAUCUUAUGGCAAUGAAAAAAGAUUUUUCUGUCCUCCUCCAUGCAUUUAUUUAUUUGGGAACGGUUGGAAACGGAAAAAAGAACAAAUGGAAGCUGAAGGAGCUUCAGAAACAGAAUCUACUGUUUGUGCCUUUAUGGGAAUUGGUAAUCCUGAUCAAGAAAUGGUGCAGCUUAAUUUGGAGGGCAAAAAUUAUUGUGCAGCUAAGACAUUAUAUAUAUCUGACUCGGACAAAAGAAAACAUUUUAUGUUGUCUGUUAAAAUGUUUUAUGGUAACGGACAAGAUAUUGGUGUGUUUUCUAGUAAACGUAUAAAAGUCAUAUCAAAACCAUCAAAAAAGAAACAGUCAUUGAAAAAUGCUGAUUUAUGUAUAGCCUCAGGGACACAAGUGGCAUUAUUUAACCGACUGAGAUCACAGACGGUCAGUACUAGAUACCUCCAUGUAGAAAAUGGUAACUUCCAUGCCAGUUCUACACAAUGGGGAGCUUUCACUAUACAUUUAUUGGAUGACAAUGAGGGUGAAUCAGAAGAAUUUACUGUGCGUGAUGGUUAUAUACAUUAUGGUUCUACUGUAAAACUUGUGUGUUCUGUAACAGGCAUGGCUCUACCUCGACUAAUAAUAAGGAAAGUAGAUAAACAGACUGCCAUAUUAGAUGCAGAUGAUCCUGUCUCACAGCUUCACAAAUGUGCAUUUUAUAUGAAGGACUCAGAAAGGAUGUAUCUGUGUUUGUCACAGGAGAGAAUAAUACAGUUCCAGGCAACACCAUGUCCUAAAGAACUAAACAAAGAAAUGAUAAAUGAUGGUGCUUCCUGGACAAUUAUCAGCACAUCUAAAGCAGAAUAUACAUUUAAUGAAGGCAUGGGACCAAUAAAGUCCCCUGUUACACCUGUACCUGUCGUUAGCAGUUUACGGUUAAAUGGUGGUGGUGAUGUAGCCAUGUUAGAACUCCAUGGAGAAAAUUUUAUCCCAAAUAUGAAAGUAUGGUUUGGUGAUGUCGAGGCUGAAACUAUGUUCAGGUGUGAUGAGAACAUGUGCUGUGUGGUCCCAGAUAUAUCAGCAUUUAGAGCUGGCUGGAGAUGGGUUAGACAACCAUUAGGGGUUCCUGUGUCAUUAGUAAGAAGUGAUGGAAUUAUAUACUCUACUGGACUGACUUUUACAUAUACUCCUGAACCUGGCCCACGACAACAUUGUCGAGACAUUGACCGGGUAUUACACGGAAAUUCAUCGAGUCCAGACUCAACAUCUUCUGGUAACUUUAGCAACCAAGUGUAAUAAAUGGCAAUUUCUUCCAAUAUUUCAUAGUGCUUAAAUAAAGGUCUGCUUCACCUGGAGGUCAACCAUGCAGACAGAAUACAAUCAUGUGAUUGUCAUGUGAUAGAAGAAAAAAACCAUGUAGUUUGAAACCUUGUAACACUGCUGGAUAUUUAAGUAAAAGGAGUAGUGAUCACGAGUUUAAAAGUUCAAAGGUCGUUUCCUAAACUACUGUAUACUGGAAUUGGAAGUUAUUGAGUACAUUAUAUGAUAAUCGUAAAUAAAACUUUUGUAGCUGUCUCCGAACAGAUUGACAUUUGUUAAUUGAUGAUUUGUUGACAUGACUACAAAGUAAUGUUUGACAGACAAUGUUUAUGAAUAUUUUUGACAUAUAUGUGAUAAUUAAUUAUGAACAAUAGAAAUCAUUAGGUUUCAUAAUAGAAUGUAUAUUUAAAAUUAAUAUCUCUAAAUAUUUCAUUGGCAGCAUUUACUUACUUUGUAAAAAAAAAAGUCAUUCAUACAAAUUUUGAUUGUAGAUUUUUAUGGUUGUUUGAACUGAGAGGCCAGUUCUGAUACUUAAUUUAUACAUGUAAUCUACUACAUGUUCAUGAUAUAAUUCCUUAAUCACACUUAUGUAUGCACCAGGGUUACUUUUUCUUACUGUGGAUUCUUUAUUUUCGCUGAUACCAAUUUUUGUGGAUUGAGGGAAAAUUAAAUUUUUCAUGGACAUUUGAUUACUUGGUUUUGCAUAAUUAUGCCUGCAAAUAUGCCACUUGAAAAUUUGAACUUCAUUGAACAUUUAAAUUAGUGGUAGCUUUACACACCGAAUCCACGAAAAUUGGAAUCAAACUAAUUAUAAUGAAUCGAGAGUAAUUUUGAUAAGGGAUUAAAUGUUUUACCUAAGUAAAAGUCUAGUUCAAACAAAGACCCAUUCUAAGAACAAUUGUGUGAAAAAAUUAACAGUAAAAUGUACACAUCUGUUAUUUUGAAUAGAUAAAUUUCACAUUCCAGAAGGCAAAAUGGCCACUUUUUAAAAGUAAAGAAUUGAUAGGGCUAAAUCAUAAAAACAAAUGUCAUCAAAUUAAAGUAGGUUUCAUCAUGAAAGAGAUGCAGACAUAAUGCAUGAAAAACUAUAAACCUCAUAUGAUUGUUUAUUUUUUUGUUUGUUUUUACAAGUGCCUUUUCAAGGUGUCAGUAAUAUAAAUUUGAAAAUACUUAAGUCUGAAACCGCUAUGAUCAUAUGACUACAGUGUACAUAGUGAGACUUUCAGUGUUCAAAGACUGGUUAAACUAUGCUGAUGUGUUGGAGUAUUUCUUAUGUAAUUUUGAAAAAAAAAACAGUGAUUUAGUUCUGCAACUAUUGUUGAUCUCACAAUUAUUUAUGUCAGUAAUGUUUUCUUUGUUAACAAAAGCUGUUUCAAAAGAAUUACAAUUUCCUUUAGAAUGGGGAAAUAAAUCUCUAUUUAAUGGGAGAUAACUCAGGAAAGACAUUUUUUCUAGAGGUGCUAUAUUUUGCUAAGUAUUGUUUAUUUAGAGGCUUUCAGAAAGACUGAAAACUAGUUUACCAAAAAUUGAACACAUGAAAUAAGGAAAUGAGUUAAUAUCUUUGCAAGUUAAUUGUGAAGUUAAUGUUCAAAUACACAUUUUUUGGAAAACAUUUUCCCAGCAGCAUAUUUUUUCUUGUAUGAAUAUGUCAUGAAAUUUGGUAUUUUUGCAUUAAUUGCAUAAGUGAAUAGAUAAAAUCUUUUGAAUGCAAGCUUUUUUUCGGUGUCAACUAAAGAUAUGUUUGUUGUACUUUUCUUGUGGAAAUUCAACAUUUAAAGGAAUAAUAGUUUCAAUACAGUAAAACUUACCUGAAAGAAACAUGGCUCUGAUUUAAUGAGUUGAUAUUGAAAGGUAUUAAAUAUAUGAAUAAUAGGAGAUGUUGGGGCAACCAUUAUGAAUAACUGUGUUCCUCACUGUUGUUAUAUGCUCAGAAAUAUAGAUCAGCAGGUGGUUCAAUUUCCCAAUUUAAGGGGUACAGAACACCUAAGGGAGUAAAUUCUUUAAAAAUUAGCUGAACGUUUUAAUCACAUACUAUUGGUUACGAGAAAUCGAACUUCUCAGUGAUGAAAAUGAGUGUAUGUUAAACUGCUAUACAUUCAAAGAAAUUAUUCCUGUAAAUUUGUUUUUUGUGCAACAGUUCUAUACAUUGUCUUUUCUAAUGUGCCAUUGAAUAAAUUCUAUGAAUUUUUCUAUGAAUUUAUAAAUAAAACUUAUAUUUUUUUAGAUUUAUUUGUAACAUAUCAGUUUUAUUCUGUUAAAUUACGUGUUCUGGGUGGAAAUAGAAAGAAAAAAGAUUGGAACCUCCAGUAAUGGUUUCUCAGAUUUUAUCAUUUUGAUAAUUUUAAUUAUUAAUUGAUGCAACAAAUGUUAUCUGCUGUGUUGGAAAUUUGAAUGUUUAUUCUUUUCAGGCAAAAUGCUAGCCAAUUUACUUUAAACAGAAAUAUUAAUAUUCGUGAAAGGCACUUUCAAUCUUCCUUAAGACAUAUCAUUAGCUAUUUAAAAGUAUUAUAAUCAUUUUGGUUUAACAUUUUCAACAUAUUUCAUAGAAAUCAACAUAAUUGUUCUUCAUACAUCUCUUCUAAAUUUCUAACGAAAGUCUAAGGCAGUCCUCAAUUAAGUAUUCCUUGUUGAAAAUCUAUAAUUCCAAAUGUAUAGUGCAUAUAGUUACAGCAGUCCCCAUUUUAAUAAAGUAUUACUUUAGAUUUUGGCUAUGGACUCGGUGAAUUAUAUCUUUCACCAAAAACAAAAUUAUUUACCUAUGGUUCUUUUAUAACAGCUGGGGUUGCAUCUAUUGCAUAAAUCUGAUGCAUCCUGGGAAAAAUAUAUAGUAUUGAAAGCUUUUGAUGAAAUACCUUUUGAAGGGGACAUAACUCUUCAUAUCCAUUGCUGUAUAAAAUGAGUCAAGUGUUGAUAAAACCUAUCGAUUUAUUGUUUCAAAGUUGGUAAUGUAUUUUUGUAAAUGAAGAAGGCGGUUAUGUAAAUAUAGAACAAAAUCAUAUUUAACUUUUAAGGCUCAUUGAUUUUCAUUUAUAAAAUGAAAUAAAACUAUCAUCAAUUUUCAUUUAAUUUGGUAGAAAUAAAAUGUUAUUUAUAUAGAUUAAAAAAAUUAUCUUUACAUUUAAAUAAACUUUUAAUUUUGAAACAUGACACAAGUUUUAUUUACAAAUGUAUAUUUUUAUGUGUAUAUUUUGUAUAAAUGAAUUUUAUCCAGUAUUUUUUUCUCCAUUAAGUGCCAGUAAAAUAAUGUACAUGUGCUCAUUUAAAUGUAACCAUUGUGUAUUGUCAUUGAACAUUUUGUUUUCAAUAGUCACAUGUGUAAACAUGUAUGUUUCCCUUCUUUUAUUUGUUGAAGCUUAUCUUUUUAAAGAUUUGUUUUGUUAUUAACAUGAUUACAUUCAUUUCAGUGGAUUUUUUUACAACUUUUACAUUAAUAUGCCAUUUUGUUAUAAAACACAAUUUUUGUUUCAGAACCUAAUGAAUUAUGGGUAAUUUUUUCAAAAGUGUACAAUAAACCAAUUUGAUUGGUUAAAAAUGUUCCAAACAAUGGAAAUUCAACCAAUGAUGUGAUUUUAAAAUUAUUUUGGGGUCCUAAGAAUGAAAUUACCCCUACUCCUUUAGAUUCUUGAAUGGUGAAUUUGAAACAGUCUCUCAUCUGACUAAGUAAUGUUUAAGAUGGAUAUUUUGCACAAUGUUUUUUUAUUUAGAGUUAUAAAAAUUAGUUCUGUUAGUAUUUGAAUUAUUUUUGGUUGUAAUUGGAAUAUAAAGUAAGUGAGAAUUCUGUAAAAACUUUUAAAAGAUCUUCAUUGAAAAAAAAAGCAAACAUUCAAAAUUAUAAUGUUGACAUUAAUUUUAAUAUGUAAACAUUUCAUAUCUAAAAAGUGUUAAUUAAGUCUUACAAAUUAAGUAAAAAAAAAACAAUCUCGCAAUGAAAUCUUUUAUAUUUCAUAUUGUAGUUCUUGUAAAAUCAAAUCAUUUAAAUGAAAAUAGUCAUGAAAUGUUUCUUGCUUAUGUAAUUACCACAUGUUUAGAUAAAACAUUGAUUAAACUUG